GUCUGGCACUUCGGCAGUGGUGGUGGGAGCCUCGAGGGCGCGGCGCCGUUACUCGCAGUUGGGCGGCGGCGCAGGUGGCGGCGGCAUAUCGCUCAGUGCACACCGCGCUUUAACAGCAGCCGCAACAGCAGCAGCAGCAGCAGCAGCAGCAGCAGCAGCGGAGGCACCUCUGCGGUCACAGCCCCUGCGCUGGUGCAGCCACCGUCGCUCUCUCUGCUCUUCCUCCCUUCACUCGCACUAUGGCUGAUCAACUGACCGAAGAGCAGAUUGCUGAAUUCAAGGAAGCUUUCUCCCUAUUUGACAAAGAUGGUGAUGGCACCAUCACAACAAAGGAACUUGGAACUGUCAUGAGGUCACUGGGUCAGAACCCAACAGAAGCCGAAUUGCAGGAUAUGAUCAAUGAAGUGGAUGCUGACGGUAAUGGCACCAUUGACUUCCCAGAAUUUUUGACUAUGAUGGCUAGAAAAAUGAAAGAUACAGACAGUGAAGAAGAAAUCCGUGAGGCAUUCCGAGUCUUUGACAAGGAUGGCAAUGGUUACAUCAGUGCUGCAGAGCUACGUCACGUCAUGACAAACUUAGGAGAAAAACUAACAGAUGAGGAAGUAGAUGAAAUGAUCAGAGAAGCAGAUAUUGAUGGAGAUGGACAAGUCAACUACGAAGAAUUCGUACAGAUGAUGACUGCAAAGUGAAGAGCUACUUUCAACUCCUUUUUCCCCCCUCUAGAAGAAUCAAAUUGAAUCUUUUACUUACCUCUUGCAAAAAAAAAAAAAAAAAAAAAAGUUCAUUUACUCAUUCUGUUUCUAUAUAGCAAAAUUGAAUGUCAAAAGUACCUUCUGUCCACACACACAAGAAAUCUGCAUGUAUUGGUUGGUGGUCCUGUCCCCUAAAGAUCAAGCUACACAUCAGUUUUCCGAUAUAAAUACUUGUCCUACCUUAAUGAUAAGGAAGCACUUAGUGGACUCCUUGCAGGUCCAUUUGCUCAUGAUUAAUACACUGUUUGGGCUGGCCAGUUUUUCAUGCAUGCCGCUUGACAAUUGAGCACAGUCAGGCGUUUGUAUUAAAAACGAAAAAUGAAAAAACAGAUUCAAAACCUACUCAAAUGGGUUCUAGUUUGGUUUGUUAGUAUAAAUUGUCAUAGCUGGUUUCCUGAAAACAACCAUUUAAAAUUGGUUUGCCUCAGGAUGCCGUGCUGCAGAGUGGGUGGAUACACUGUCUAGGCACGGCCCCACUAGCAGGAUGGCCCUCUUGUAACUUCCCUGUGCCCCGACCCAUGAUGACCAUGACACAUCCUGGUGGCAUGCCAGUGUGUGUUGGUUUAGCAUUGUCUGCAUUGUGCUAGAGCAAAAUGGGUGUCAGGCUAUCACCGUUCACACAAAUUUUUAAAAAGAAACGUUUAUCAAGGGAGCAUCUUUGGACUCUCUGUUUUUAAAACCUUCUGAACCAUGACUUGGAGCCAGCAGAGUAGGCUGUGGCUGUGGACUUCAGCACAACCAUCAACAUUGCUGUUCAAGAAAUUACAAUUUACGUCCAUUCCAAGUUGUAAAUGCUAGUCUUUUUUUUUUUUUCCAAUAAAAAGACCAUUAACUUAAAGUGGUGUUAAAUGCUUUGUAAAGCUGAGAUCUAAAUGGGGACAAGGCAGUUGAAGGGAUGGCCAGUGUACCUUUAAAUGCCCACAGCCCAGCAUUGGGUUUCCCUCCCUCUCUCUGACGUCCCAGCCCCAGCCUCUGAGCCUGAGACCUUGCCUAAAACCAAGCAGAUACUGAUUGCUUCAUCUUAUUUAUGGACGUGUAGGUCUACUUGUAAUUUCACUGGGGUGGGGGGGAGUGAAUCAUGGUAACUUAAUGAUUAUUCAGGCAGUAGAGCUCUUAAUGAAGGAAAAAACCCACUUUCUCUCAAGCAUGUAUUUAGGGGUUCUUAUCAAUUGUGCUGCUGAUUACCUGUUUUAUGUAACUACUUGAGACCAUCUGUGCAAGAGACAUGAUUUAGUGUGUCUGUAAUUCGAUCCUCGCUGUGUGUGGUAGAAGCAGUAGUCACUUCUUAGCCAGUCUCUUCAUGCCUAAAAGACACUACCAGUCAGUCACCUUUUGAUUCACGAUUUUUAAUUUAUGACUACUUAACCUUAGAGUCUUUUAAACUUUUUUUUUUUUAAGUUGACCUGACUUUGCUUUUUUUCCCCCAAGUAGAACUAAACUGGCCUCCCAGCUUGAAGGUAAAACUCCAGCCCAGAGGGAAUUUUUUGUUUCUUUAUAAACCUGUAACCAAAAUGACGAGAUGCUGGUACUGGUCUUUGCAGUGGGUUUGGUUUGCUUAAAAGCCCCCCCCAAAAAAGGAAUAUUUGCAUUUAGUGCAGAGCUCUCUUUGAAAUGAAGGCUGGAUGUGCGUUUUUCAGGGUGUUAACUGGUUGUAUCUUAUUAGCAAGGAGAUUUGGGUUUUGAACGUUUGUGUGGGAGGUUUUAAUUUGCCAGGGAACAGCGGCAGGCUGCUAGCGAGGCAGUGAGAAGCUCUUGGCAGCCAAAUGGGUGCAUUCAGGGUUGAUUUAUAGAGACCCUCAGCUUCUCCCUCUCCUGCUCCUUGUCUCUCUGGCAUUUUGCAGCGCGUUAGUUUUCCCGCCAGAGGGGUGGGUCAGAGCGGUGGAGAGGAACCCGCCAGCCUUUGCUGCUUGUCUUUAGACUGGAUGGUUGGGUAGAUGGAAUGUUGACAGCAUGAACUAGACUUUGCUUUCAUAACUCCCUGAAUCUGGAAGGAACAUCUCAGAAUACCUCGGGGGGGGGGGGGGGUUCUGAGAUUGGACUGGGGUUUCUGGUUCAAGUAAGUUAAUAACCUGGAUGUUUCUUGUAGGGAGGUCAAGCAGCUUCACUGUUGACCCAGUCUCAGGCCUGUGGCUGAUGACCUCUUGGUAAUUUUAAAAAGGGUUUGGGGUGGUUUGACUUGUUUCUUACCCUUCCACCCAGUCUUUUGCUAGAAGCUGGGUGGACUUAAUUUUAGCGGUCCUACAGUCUUAGAAGACUACUUUUGAAACCAGAUUCUUAAAUGGCCAGGAUCCUGUAUGGGAACCAGAAACCGUUCCCCCAGGGAAUGCUGAAUUCCAGCUUGGCGGAAGUCGAGUCCAUCUCUGGCCUGUGAAGGGACGGCCAGCGGUUGGGUCCUGGCAGCCUGCAGGAGUUUGUGAGAGGAAGUAGCUGGCUGUUACGGCAGUCCUCUUCAAAGCUGGUUAGCACCUUCCUGUCAACUCUUGCCCCUACUUCUAACUGCUCUAUAAAUAUAUACAUAUAUUUAUAUAUAUAAAGUGACUAGUUUAACUGGCAUCCCGCUUGAGCCUGAGACUUGCCAUAAAAAAAACUGCUGUGUACUUGGCACACACUUUCAUAGUUUUGUUCUCCAUCUGUUUGGGGUAGGUGUUGAGCGAGGCAAUGUAUCUUGAUAUUUCAGAUGGGCUUUUGAUGCACUGUUGCCAAGGAAGGCUUUUUCUGAUUUUUUGACAAAUGAAUUUUUGCACACUUUAAUUGGUGUCUUUCGGCAACUUAAAACACAUUGAAAAUUAGCUACUGUACAUAUUUUUAUAUUCUCUUUAUAAAUGCAUGUCUGACUGUACUUGUACCCAUAUUGUAAGGCGGGGCCGGCCACCAGGCCUCGCGCUGCUGUGACCCAUCGGAGUAGCAGCAUAUUAGCAGCCCCUCAGCGUACUGGGAACUUCUUCCUAAACGAAUGUAAAUUUGGUCAAGUCUGCUCUUCGUCCAUUCAAUUAUUUUAAACAUUUCGAUUAAUUAUUGUAUAUCCAAAAUACAUUUACCCUUUUGACAGUAACUAGAUUCCACGAAUGUGUCUUACUAAUCUAUCCCUUCAGCUGGCAGUUACUAUUUUCUCUUUUGAUCCCUUGAAGUUGUCCUGUAGGAGACAGAAAUUCUCUGCUGUCUGUAUCCCUUGAAGUAAGAAGGUAGCGGUAUGGGUGCAGUUUGUGUUCUUUCUCCAGAUCUGUGAUAAUGUUCACUAGACACGUCUGUAGCAAAGAUGGCGGUAGUUCCUUUGUUCCCGAAGUCACCCUUCACCGUGGCGAUCGGAAAAGGACAUGUACUUGAACGUUUCUGUAAAUCUCAAGAUAAACUGUUCGGAGAUUUAACCACCUCUCUGAUGGGGGACCAACUCUAUGGAAAUUGUAAAUAAGUUUUAUUUAUAAACCUGGCACUGUAUUCAAUAAACAUUUCUGCAGCCUUUCAUCUCUAA